GGACUUGGAAAAAAAAAAAAGGAAGUCAACGUAAUCCACCCUCAUGUCGUCCGAAGUGGCCGAAUGCUCCAUCUGCAUGGAGCCUUUGUCAGGGCUUCCGCUGGCUGCACUUCCAUGCAAGCAUGUCUAUCAUAAUGAUUGCAUUACAACCUGGAUACGGUCAAGUGCGGCAGCCGUACCAAAAUGUCCAGUAUGUAGGAGUAAAACCAAACGCAAUCAAAUCAUUGGCCCUCUCUAUUUUACCAUUCCUGCUAGUGAAGCACGGCCCAACGCCCAACCCACCCUCACAACCACCAUUGGUCAGACGGAAGAUGUCGUUGACCUUUCGUAUGCCACUGAUUUGCAGACUAAUUUUGAUAAAGCACAUAAGAGCCUUGAGGAGAAGACGGCGCUUCUUGAAAAAGCCAAUCAACAAAUAGAGCGAUUCAAAGCCCAAGCUAUCCAACACCAAUCUGAGCACCUUCGAUUACAAGAAAGUCUUUCACGGAGUCAGCUACAAUUACGAUACGUCAAAGCACUGCGAGGAUGCCGCUCUACAGUCUCCCAGCGCACAAGCACGAAUGCGACAGUGGAAAGAAUUACCGCGGGAUCAAUUGGCGCUGAUAUUGGGUAGUUUACAUGAAAAGACGAGUAUGGUGGAAAACGAGCGUGCAUUAUGGAAACGAAAAGAUAGAAUGCAACAGGAAGAACUGAAUAUUCUGCGCAUCAGCCUGG